AUGGCUGUGGUCAUGAGGUUCUUCCGAUGGGUCAGGCGGGCUUGGCAAAAGAUUACUUGCUGGGUUUUCUUCUGGAGAAAAAAAGUUAGGCCAACCAUCUUAGAACACUCUGGCUCCAAGAAACAUGCAAUGAAGGGGGUAGAGAAGACUCCCAAAGUGGUUGAGACUUUCACAUUUGUCCAGCUUCCCAAAGAGGAUAAGCUCCCCAAUGUGGACGCAUCCCCUGAGCUGGCUGAGCCCUGCGUGUUGGCCAAGACAAGAGACAGGACCAAGAUGGAGCUGGGCAGUGAAGGCCGAUCCCUGCUGCGACUACCCCAGACUGCUGUCCAGUCUGUCUCCACACUCAUGGUGUCGGCCCUGCAGACUGGCUGGCAAAUGUGCAGCUGGAAGUCAUCUGUGAGCUCUGCAUCCAUUACCUCCCAAAUGAUGACCCAGUCCCCUUUGCAGACACCAGAGGCUGAGUUGCUGCGGGAAGUGUACCUGGUGCUGUGGGCUAUUCGGAAACAGUUACGACAGCUGUCCCGCAGGCAGGAGAGGCGCAAACGGCGCCACACUCGGACCCACACUUCCCCCCAACCUGAAUUGGUUCAGUGCCUGAAACAGGAUGCCCGAAGUCCCCUCUAG